GGUCCGCUUCUUCUCUGAUCGUACCCUAAAAGCCGGUGACACUAAGAGGGCGCCGAAGCCCUCCUUCCUCCCACGACCUCCGCCGAAUCUCAAGUCUAACCCCUUUGGUUUCCUCGCCUUCGAAGAAAGCGGGCGUCGCAAUGGAGGAGAGCGAGGGCUUCUUGUACGACACCUUCGGCACCCUCGGCUUCACCGUCGAGUCCGACCCCGCCCAGUCGUAUGAGGUUUUUCGGAACCACGUCACCUCGUCGGCCGACUCUUUCGCCGAGAUCCCCGCCACCGACUACUUCUCACUCGACGUGGCCACCGCUUCCCCUUCCGCGGACGAGCUCCCCGGGCCACUUGAGACCCCUCCGCCGUCCUCUGUGCCUCGGAGUGGUGACGGUGGCCGGGCCUCCGAGCUUGCCUGGUUUCGCUCCGGCAGCCGCUUCAAGAGCCCCAUGCUUCAGCUCCACAAGGAGAUCCUUGAUUUUUGUCACUUCAUCUCACCAACCCCAGACGAACAAGCCUCACGUAAUGCUGCUGUGCAAUGUAUAUUUGACAUUGUCAAACAUAUCUGGCCACAUUGUAAAGUGGAAGUUUUUGGAUCAUUCAGGACAGGGCUCUACUUACCAACCAGUGACAUUGAUGUUGUGAUUUUGGAGUCAGAGGUGAAGACACCACAAAUUGGUCUUUAUGCUCUUGCUAGAGCAUUAUCUCAGAGAGGUGUUGUUAUAAAAAUGCAGGUUAUAGCAAAGGCUCGUGUCCCAAUUAUAAAAUUUGUGGAGAAGAGAAGUGGCAUAGCUUUUGAUAUCAGUUUUGAUGUGGAUAGUGGACCUAGGGCUGCUGAUUUUAUCAAGGCAGCUGUGCAAAAAAUACCUCCAUUACGACCAUUGUGUAUGGUUCUGAAAGUCUUUCUGCAUCAAAGAGAACUGAAUGAGGUUUAUUCUGGUGGUAUUGGUUCCUAUGCACUUCUUGUGAUGUUAAUAGUAUUUUUACAGAUGCAUUGGAGAGGACAAGAUUCACGGGAUUACCGCCAACCUAUGGAACACAAUUUGGGUAUUCUUUUGGUUGGCUUCUUUGAUUUUUUUGGGCGAAAAUUAAACAGUUGGGAUGUUGGUAUAUCUUGCAACUCCAAAAGUUUGUUUUUCGUAAAGAAUGAUAAAGGAUUUAUGAACUUAGAUAAACCGUAUCUGCUCUCCAUUGAGGAUCCCCAGGCACCGGACAAUGACAUUGGGAGGAACUCUUACAACUACUAUAAAGUUAGGUCUGCUUUUGCAAUGGCUUAUUCUACAUUAACAGAUGCCAAAGCCAUCAUGCGGUUGGGCCCACAAAGGAGCAUUUUGGGAACUAUAAUUAGGCCAGAUCCUCUGCUUCUAGAUCGGAAAGGUGGAAACAGUGGACAACUCACCUUUAAUAACGUACUCUCUGGGGCAGGUGAGCCGGUGGCUCAGCGGUUCGAGAAUGGGGAUGAUGUUGUGUAUAACUGGCAGUUGGUGGAUGAUGAACCCCUGCCCAGAGAGAAACUGAACGUCGAGGAUGGCAGUGUGUUGUCUUCAAAGAGGAUAUCAAAGUCUAGACGUAGAUUAGGUAGGAGUGAAAAGCCGGAAGUUUUUGAUAGCAAGCAUGAAGAGAUGACCAUCAAGCGUGGAAGUGUAGUGAAGCGGAGGAAAGGAUCUCACCAUAGAGAUGUUUUUGGCAAAUGAUCCCUUUGAACGCCGAGUCCAGAGUUUUCAUGGAUCACAUGUUGCAGGUGUCAAUACGGUUGCCUCGUUGGCAGAAGCAUCUUAGCUGCUGCUCGUUAGCGAAGCAUCUUGCCAUGUGGCAGCGCCACUUGGGAGAACUUUUUUUUUUUUAAUUUAUUUCUCAGUGUUUUUAGUUCAGUGUUUAUCAAUUUGAACACGCAAGUGGUUGAAAGUUUUGGCCAUGAAAUAGAAAAUGUGGUUGAAAGAGCGGUGCUCA